AUGCGGGAGGUCCGCUGUACUCUUCCGCUCUAUGAACUGCCAGGAAGCUCGAAUGUGACCGUUCAAGUAUCCAAUGAUGGAGCAGAAUGGUCGCAAGAGACUUUCGAGGUUUACAUCGUUUCAGCUGUGGAACUGUGGACUGCGUCCUUGGCUCCAACUUUUGGAGUCCCCACCGGCAACACGGUACAGGUGACCACAGCCAGUGCCUUGCCUCGCAUCGCGACCCUGGGAUGCCUCUUUGGCCUCGGAACAGAGUCCCGCUCAGAGGUCCAGCAGCGUCAGCUCUCAGUGGCCGAUCCGGAGAUAGUUUCCAGUUGUACGAACGACACCAUGUGUGAUAGCAAUCGCACUUGCGUUUUCAAAGAAGAUCGAACAUGGAGCCAAUGUGUGCCCUUAGACGAAAAGACCUUCCAGAAGGAAUGCCCCUCCGACUAUAUCAUGCUCAUCCGACUGCACCAAGUCACCAAGCACAUCACAAAUGUACUGCAUGAGGAGUUCCAGGAACAGUGCGUGGGAUGGGAGGAUGAUUUCCGCUUGGCAGGGAUCAGGGCCACCCAUUUCAACUGUCCAAAUACUAGGUGCUACUCGCAAGAUUGGUGCGUGCACGGUGCUCGCUGUGCACUUCAAGAAAACGGUGAUUGGGGGCAGUGCAUUAUGUGCCAUGAGAAGAGCUUCCAGACCAAUUGCUACUCUUGGCGUUCCUCCUUCAUAUCUGCUGCAGAAACUGCAUGCCACAGGAAAUGUUUGUUUGACGAAGCCUUCGAGGACAAGAGUGGAGAGAAGGAUGCGAAAGGAACUUUGGGAGCUAGCUCAGAUUCAUCGGUCACUGGAGCCAUGAGGGAUGCGGAAUCGGAUGAUGCCGGCAGAAGCCCAGAGAUUGGUUUCCGCCUCACGUUGGCUCCUGCAUCUGGACGCAGCGGAGAUCCACAACUUCUCACCUCGAAACCCAGCAGCUUUGUUUACACCAGGACGCCAAAUUUCUAUCGAUUGCAGCCCAACUUUGGUCCUGUGAACGUGCCAGUAGUCGUGAAGGGCAGGAACUAUCCUAUGGGGAUUGCCGAUCCGUCCCAGGUCCAAUGCUUCUGGUCUUUGACCCGUGUAGUCACGAAUGGAACCCUGCUCUCAGAUACCGAGCUGCGGUGCUACUCCCCAUACGAGCUGCCCAUCAUUCAGUGGACGUCACAAUUGGGCUCAGUGGACCACCUCGCAAGCAUCUCCUUUGACGGUGGCAGGAACUUUCAUCCAGUGGCUGCAGAAGGACUCGUGUUUACCAUCCUCCAUGGGGGCAGUGGACCCUUGGCAGCUGCGCUGGCGCCAACAAGUGUCCUGAUGGGACGAGGUGAGACGAUCUCAUUCUUUGGCGGCGACUUCUAUCCAGUGCAGCAGCUCGCACCCGCCUUUGGCUAUUGCACUUUCUCCUGGAACGUGACCUAUCCAAGCAAUCUCACCAAUGACACAGGUGUUCGAAGCGCAACUGCAGUCUAUGUCUCCCAACGAGAGGUCCAGUGCCAGGUUCCUUUGGAUCUCCCACCUGUGACACAUGCGGUGCGGCUUUUCUUCACCCAAGGAGGUUCAACCUUUGAGGCUCGCUACGGCAUUCCCUCUGGCGAACCGUGGCUGAAUCUGACAGUCUUCCCAUCAUUCGCACUGCACGAUCCGGUGCCAGCUUGGGCUCCCCGCGGUGGUCUGUGGCAAGUUUCAUUGCCUGGUAGUCGCAUUUUACCUUUGGCGGAGGACAACUACCACUGCACCUUUGGCUCCGCUCCUGCAACAGCUGCCUUGCGGAUUUCCUUGAACGAGGGACGCAAGGCGUUGGUGACGGGCGGCUCCAAGGGUAUAGGACGCGCAACGACUGAGUUGUUCUUGAAGCUUGGUGCGGAGGUGGCAAUUUGUGCAAGAGGUGAGACAGAACUUGAAGCCGUUCGGCAGCUGGCGCCUGACCGCUGUCAUCCAAUAGUGGCAGAUUUGUCUACAGAGAAUGGAGUGAAGGAGUUGAUCGCCAAGCUUCCAUGGAAGGAGCUUGAUAUCCUGGUGAACAAUUGUGGUACCAACAUUCGGAAAAAGGCGGAGGAAUUUACCAACGAGGAGUUCUCCAAGGUCUUUGAUACCAAUUUCAUGUCGUGCAUGUGGCUUUCGAGAGCCGCCCUGCCUUUGUUGAAAUCCGGCAGUGAGAGGCGGAAGGCACAAGGUGCACCCGGAGGCGCCGCAAUAGUGAAUCUCAGUUCAGUGGCAGGAACGACUCAUAUCCCUUCCGGUUUCCCAUAUGCCGCCUCCAAGGCUGCCAUGGAUCAAAUGACGCGAAAUUUGGGUGUGGAAUGGGCGCGGUUUGGUAUUCGCGUCAACUCGGUGGCACCAGGAGCUAUUGAAACCCCAUUGAUUCGGACUGCAAAUCCGCAAUACAGAGCUGACUUCAAGGAAAGAAAACCCAUGGGACGCAUGGGUCAAGUGGAGGAGAUUGCUAGGCCCAUUGCUUUCCUUGCAAGCGAUGCUGCUUCUUUUAUGACCGGUCAGACUUUGUAUGUUGACGGUGGCUUUACUGUGACCGGCUUCAACAAAGUCUUGUGCCGGUCUGCGCUCCAUGAAGCAGGCCAUGUUCCUCUGCAACUUUCCUGGCCUACCAGGCCACUUUUGAUCGUUUUCGAGAGAACACCAAAUCAACGGAUGGGGAUGGGCAUCGCAGAGGAAUUCUUGUUGAUGGAAGGGGCGCAGCAAGAUGGUGCUGCCGGCUGCGACCCCGUCGCCGCUGGAGCGGUCCUUGGGGUCCUGAGGAAGGUGGGCCUCACCGGCCCUAGGCUGGCUCUCCAGAUAGGAGAGGAGGCCGAAGUGGCCAAACAGGCCGCAGAGAGGGCCGGGGUGCCUUUUGAAGAGUGGGUGGUGGACUUGGUCAAGGCCCAGGUCAAAGCCGCCUAUGAUACAGUAGAGCUGGAGGCCAGACUGGAAGGUAGUGCAAAGUCCCCGGGUGCCCAAGCCGUGGACGAUGCAGUGGCGAGCAUCACGAAGGCCGCACAGUCGCAGGCAGCUGAACCGACUGGGCCUCCAAGUCGGCCAUCAGUAGAAGUCCCCAAAAGGGGUAGGCUGGCCAAGUUGCCGAAGGGAGUUUCCUUGGCAGGCGGCACAGGGAAUAUGGAAGAAGAUAAGGUGGUGCAGCUUCUCUUCGAGGAGCUAUCCCUGAUGGGGGCCCCCAUCGUCGCACAGAUUGGGGGGACAUCCAAUCCAGAGAGGGCCAAGCAAGCCUUGCUUGGGAAGUACAGGGCCUCAACAGCCAAGAGGUACUUGGCGUACUGGCAGGGCUUCCGCAAGUGGAUCUGUGCCACGACGAGCAGCUUGCCCUACCGGGGCGAACAGCUGGUGGACUACCUCCUAGCAAGGGAGGAGGAAGGGAUGGGCGCCACAGUGCCCUUAUCUGUUGGAAAGGGUGUCGCGUGGUUUGAAAAGCUGGCAGGGUUUGAAGAGGACCAGAUGAUGAGCUCAUCACCGUUGGUGGACACGGUGGUGAAGGACCUGCUGAGGAAGCUGGAGGACAAAGCUCCACCAAGGCGGAGGGCACCCAGUGGCAAGCGUGUCAAGGAGCUCCCCUUCCACGUGGCAGCAGAUGCGUGGGUUGGGGAGGUCAGCUGGUUGGAAGUUGGGAUCCAGCUCCUGGGAGGCCCCAGGGGGAAGACAGCCGAGCUUGUCAUCCCGGCGGGUCUGAGCCAGGGUGAAGCCUGUGAAGGUGUGGUGAUGACCUACCAAGAGGCAGUUGCUUGGAGCGCCGAGGUGUUGCAGGAGCUCAGAGAUGAGAAGGGAGAUCCUCUCAUCCCUCAUGGGUGGGAGCGGUACUGGACAGAACAUAGCGAAAGAGCAACUCUGUCCAGCGCCCUGGCAGCAGUGGGGGUCGCAAAGACGGACCGCGACCUUUUGGGGCGUUGGACUCCUGAGGGUUCAGACCAGUACGUGAGGACGUACAACUCAGUGGUGGGCAAGCUCCAGGUGAAGUAUGCAGAACCGGUGAGAGAUGGAUAUGGGUAUGAAUCCUUCGACGAGGGAGCAGUGCUGGAAGGCCUGAAGACGUGGCUGACGGAAAAGUGGUCAGUCAAUCCAGAUGAGGCGAAUGCCGCCGUGGAGGCAUGGAAGAGGAAGCUGAGGGCGGUGGCUGGCCUGCCUGAUCCCCCAAAGGAGGAGGCAAACACGUGGGGCAGUGAGCCCGUGGGACCGGUGGAGGAAGAGGAGUCAUCCUCCAGCUCCUCGGGCAGCUCCACAUCGGAAGGAGCGUCGGGUUCCACUGCAAAGAGGCCCAGGAUGGAAAAGCUGGAAAGCGAGAGGCCAGCUGGCUUCAUCGUGGUGUACAACCGGAUCAACCGUGGGAAACUCCACAGGGCUGGCAGAGAGGGAUGCUGGAUGGCGAGGCAAAGAAAGUUCAAGAAGGCAGCAACCUUCAGUGAGCAGCCGGAUGAAAACGCGUACACAUCGCGGUGUAGGUUGUGCUGGCAGGAUCUCAAAUGGGAUUCCUCGUCCAGCGACUCUGAGGAUGAGAUCCUGGAGGGGGCAGCACUUGCCGCCAUGCCGCCGAUAGUGCUCACGGAGGAGCAGCAAGCUGCUGCUCUGAGGAAGGGCAGUGCAGAUUUGAAGUUUCUCUUCGAUCGCAACGAAGUGCCGGCUGAGGUUGCGGCGAAGUGGUUUCACUCAGGGGUAACAACCCUUGAGAAGUUCGCAAGCAUAGCCAAGGACGUAGAUGACUUGGUGGAGGUCCUGAAGGCUCAUCUGGACAUAGACCAGUCUAGGGCACUGGAGGAGAGGGUCCAGGUUGCAGCAGUGUCCUGCGCCUGGGCAAAUGCCCGCACACGUGUCCAGAGAGCCGCGGAAGUUGAGGCAGAGCUGGAUACAAAGGAGUGGAGGAAGCCCGUAUCCACAUCAGAGUGGUUGGCGAUGCGGGUGGGCCUUGAGAAGGUAGUAGGUGCUCUUGACGAGCGCCUGACUCCGGCCAAGGAGUUCAUCGAAAAGAAGCUCCAAGAGGUGGAGUCGGGAGACUACCGUGCAGAGGAUCUGACUGAGGUAGUCAGCCGGGAGGAGGUGGAUCCGGAUAGCCUGGUUCCCCAAUGGGAUGCAAAGGGAAACAUUACAGUGCGGAGAGGGGCGACUAGGGUCAAGGAGCCAAAGAACCCUGAAGCGCUGCGCCAGCGUUUGACCCUCCUCCGGAACGCAUUCCAGAUGCUUUCCCUCCGCCAUACGAACAGGCCGGAGCUCCAAGGAGAUUAUGUGAAAGCCUUUGAGGAUUACAAGGAUUACUUGAUGGGGGAGCACGUGUACGGCUUGAACGCGAAGGAUGCUGAGGGAAUGACGAUUGCCGCUCCCCCAUUCAACUUGGUCCUCUCGUAUGAGCGGGCGGUCAGAAAGGAGGCAGCUCGGAGGAUGAACCAGGAGGGAGUGGCAUUCCCUGCAGCCCUCCGGGCGGCGUGGCGGGAUCCCUUGACCAAGGAGAGGCAUUUUACCACGCCUCUUGCACUGGUGGCAAAGAGGCCAAGUGCGCCAACCAGUGGGUCGGGAGGUGACCUGGCAUCAAAGAAGCCGCGCUUCGAGCCCAAAGGGGGCAAAGGGAAAGGAGCGGGUAAGGCCAAGGUGCUCCCAGGCUGCGCCACGCACAACCGGGACGGAACUCCCAUUUGUUUCAGGUUCAACACCGUGGGAGAAAAGUGCAAGCAGAAGAAGUGCAAGUUUGCACAUCAAUGUGGCAUUUGCUUUUCGGAGAAGCAUGCCAUGUUCCAGUGCACGGUGGCUACAAGGAAGAGGCGGAAUUCACUGGCAUGGUUCGUCAAAAAGUUGGCGAAGAGGUUUCACUUCGUGGUGGAAGUCAUUGAACUGGACCUCCGGCAUAGCCGUAAGGUCGACUUCACCCAACCAAAGGUGCAGAGCAAGUGGUUGCGUUUCAUAGACGCAGGGGCGGCAGAUGCCCUGGUUAUCACCCCGCCCUGCAGCACCUUCAGCAGGGCACCGUGGGCAAAUGAAGAGGGCCCUUACCCUCUGAGAUCCUCGCUGUGCCUGCGUGGGUUCACUUGGAAUUCAGGCCACAGGCGCCAGAAGGCGGAGCUGGGCAACAUCCUUGGAGAUUUUGCCUUCGAGGCAAUGAAGCGUCAGAUGGCGCACAAAGGCAAGGUGGCAUACAUGGAGCAACCGGAGGAUCUUGGGAAGACCAAGCAGGACAGAAUCCCUGGCCACCGGCCUGGAUCCAUGUGGCAGUUUCCUCAACAUGCCCAGCUGAUGGAUCUACCUGGGGUCGUUAGCGCCGCAUUUGCGCAAUUGGACUUUGGGUCCGACAGCGUCAAACCCACAAGGCUGCUGAUGAAGACUCCGGGGCCCCUCCACCCAGAGAUGUACACAGGGCCGCCAGUCUUUGAUGAAGCAGGCUGGUACCUGGGCCCGUUGCCCCGCAAAGAGGGAGUCCCCCUCAUUGGGAAAGUGAACGGAGUCUUCAAAACCUCUGAAGCGGCAGCAUGGCCCCCUCGGCUUUGUGAAUGGGUGGCGGCACAAGUCUUGACCUCGUUCAAACAAAACAGUGAGGCAGGGGAAAGUCAAGAAGGCAAUACAGGGAAGAGGGCAGCUCACGACGACCCUCAGAAGGAAGAAAAGCGGCCAAAGCUUGGCCCUGGGAAAAAGGAGGCUGGGGAAGACACAGACCCCUUCAACCCUCCGGUGAAAGGAGGAGUUGGCCCCCCGCGAGCCUGUAUCUGGAAAGGCAACAGGAUCCCUUUUCAUGAUGGGGGAUGCCUGAUGUCUCCGGGGCGCUGGAAUAUCCCAAAGAGGACCUUUCCGGACGGAGAGGAUUGGCAGCAACUGAGGAAGAGGCUUAAAGGGCUGGUCACAGAUGCGGCUGGAGGCGAUGCGGGGCUGGAAAAGGAGUGCUUCGCGAUGUCAAGGGGAGAGGCGGGGUGUAAGCUGGCUCAGAAUGAGGACCUUAGGAACCGCAUCCUGGGUGUUUUGGAGGAGUUUUGCCAGCCCGCCGAAGGCCUGAGGCAGGUGGCUGAGGGCCAACCCUUCAGGCUCAGACUUAUGAGAGCCGUCUUGGAGAAGGCGGCGGAUGGGGACUGUCAGUUCCUGGAGAUGGCUGAAGGAGGGUUCCCGGUUGGAGUGCUCAACCCCCUGCCCCGCACCCCGGCUGCUUUUGAGAGGCAGGUCGACUGGACGCUCCAGUUUGACCCUGCCGACGCCUAUGUCCUUGAAAGGGCGAACUACCCCUCGGCCAGAGAACAUGAGGAGCAUUUGAGGGAGCACCUGGAAGAAGAGGUGAGAGAGGGCCUGGUUGAGAAGAUGACGAGGGAGCAGUUUGAGGAGCAGUUUGGUGAGGCCAGGGCCGUGGCAUCGCUAGCAGUUCUGGUAGAAGAUGAGGUGUCUGGAAAGAAGCGGGUCAUACACGACGGCUCCCAUGGUGUGAAAGUGAACCGCAGGAUCCGCUGCCUAGAUAAGCUGAGGAUGCCAGGUGGACGCGAAAAGAGGUUCCUGCUUGGUCAAUUCAGGAGGGCGAAGGACGUGGUGUUCUCGCUCAUAGGGGACUUCGGAAAGGCCCAUCGGAGGUUCAAAUACAUCAGAGAGGAGCAAGGCUUUCUGGCCUGCAGAGUGAAUGAGGAAGAGAACGCCAUCUAUGUCAACCGGGUGGGGACAUUCGGGAUUGCCUCCACGCCUUACUGGUGGGGGAGGCUGUCCGCAGCCCUGAUGCGGUUAGGGCACGUCCUACUGGGACCGGCCCCGAUCGAGGCCCUGCUCUAUGCGGAUGACCUUGAGACUAUGGGCGUCGGCAAGGAGGGACGGAGAUGCCAGGUGCUGCUAUUCGUCCUGUUGGCAGCCUUCGGCUCGCCGUUCAAGUGGAAGAAGCAGAGGGGCGGCCUGGUCACUGAAUGGAUUGGGCUGACAACGGACUACGGGUCGUACUCCCUUGGGUUGUCGGAAAGAAGGACAGGCUGGCUGGUCGACUGGAUCGGCCGUGUCUGCCAGAGGAAGUUGGUUUGGCCUGGUGAGUUUGCCUCGUGCUUGGGGCGUCUGGGAUUUGCAGCAACGGCCCUCCCAUGGGAGAAGCCAUUCCUAGGGCCGCUUUACACGUGGGCAGCAGCAGUCCGCGAGCAGAAGGGUGAAGUUGUGGUGCCCUGGGCGAUUUUGUCCAUUCUGGAUUGGAUCUCCCUGAGGUUGAAGGGGGGUGGCCGGAUGGAGAUGGUGGCAGAGGAGGCCCCGUUGGCAGCGGGGGCAGUAACCUGCUAUACUGACGCCAGAGCGUCGGAGGAAGAUGCAUGCAUAGGUGGGUAUCUGGCAAUUUCGCCGGACCUGAAGAAGUGCCCCUGGUUUAGUUUUCAGGUGGACGAGACCAUGGCCCCUUGGCUGAGGAAGAGGGGAAACAACCCGAAGCGGAUGAUCGCUGCUCUGGAGCUCCUGGCGACACUGGUGGCAGUAAAGCUCUGGGGCACAGGGGUUGGAGGUGGAAUGACAGCCUGUUUAAAGGCCUUCACUGACAACAAGGGGAACUCGUUUGCCGUGGUGAAAGGGAUGAGCACGAAGUUUCCCCUAACCUUGCUGCUGAUGGAGCUUACGGAAGAGUUGAGGACGCUGGACCUCAAGCUGGAUUUGGAAUGGAUCAGCAGGGAUGAGAACACAAAGGCUGACUCUUUGAGCAAUGAGGAGUGGGGCGACUUCGACGUGAAGAUGAGAGAAGUGAGGAGGCCUGAAGAAAUGGGCUGGAAGGUCUUGGACAAGCUCCAGGAGAGGAGUGAGGAACUCUACAAAGAGAUUCGGGAAUUGAAAGAAAGCCGUGCAAAGGCAAAUUUGCUGAAGCGCGG